AUGGAUACUAAUUUUGUGUUGGGGAAUGCCCAGAUAGUGGACUGGCCUAUCGUGUACAGCAAUGAUGGAUUUUGCAAGCUGUCUGGCUAUCACAGGGCGGAAGUGAUGCAAAAAAGCAGUACCUGCAGUUUCAUGUAUGGGGAGCUGACUGAUAAAGACACAAUUGAAAAGGUUCGACAAACAUUUGAGAACUAUGAGAUGAACUCCUUUGAAAUUUUGAUGUACAAGAAGAACAGGACACCUGUGUGGUUCUUUGUGAAAAUUGCUCCAAUUCGAAAUGAACAGGAUAAAGUGGUUUUAUUUCUUUGCACUUUCAGUGACAUAACAGCUUUCAAACAGCCCAUUGAGGAUGAUUCAUGUAAAGGCUGGGGGAAGUUUGCUCGGCUGACCAGAGCACUGACGAGCAGCAGGGGGGUCCUGCAGCAGCUGGCUCCCAGCGUGCAGAAAGGCGAGAACGUCCACAAGCAUUCCCGCCUGGCUGAGGUUCUACAGCUGGGCUCAGACAUUCUUCCCCAGUACAAGCAAGAGGCACCAAAGACUCCCCCUCACAUCAUCUUACAUUACUGUGUUUUUAAGACCACGUGGGAUUGGAUCAUCUUGAUCUUAACCUUCUACACAGCUAUCCUGGUCCCUUACAAUGUCUCCUUUAAAACCAGGCAGAACAACGUGGCCUGGCUGGUUGUGGAUAGCAUCGUGGAUGUGAUCUUUUUGGUGGACAUUGUGCUGAAUUUUCAUACUACUUUUGUUGGACCAGCUGGGGAGGUGAUUUCUGACCCCAAACUCAUCCGCAUGAACUACCUGAAGACGUGGUUUGUGAUUGACCUUCUGUCCUGUUUGCCAUAUGAUGUCAUCAACGCUUUUGAGAACGUGGAUGAGGGCAUCAGCAGCCUAUUCAGCUCACUGAAGGUUGUCCGGCUGCUACGUCUUGGGCGAGUGGCCCGUAAGCUGGACCACUACAUCGAAUACGGAGCCGCUGUGCUGGUGCUGCUGGUGUGUGUGUUUGGGCUGGCUGCUCACUGGAUGGCCUGCAUCUGGUACAGCAUUGGGGACUACGAGAUCUUUGAUGAAGACACCAAGACCAUCCGCAACAACAGCUGGCUCUACCAACUGGCGAUGGACAUUGGCACCCCUUACCAGUUUAAUGGAUCUGGCUCAGGGAAGUGGGAAGGUGGUCCCAGCAAGAAUUCCGUCUACAUCUCCUCGUUGUAUUUCACUAUGACCAGCCUUACCAGCGUGGGCUUUGGAAACAUUGCCCCAUCCACAGACAUCGAGAAAAUCUUUGCAGUGGCCAUCAUGAUGAUUGGCUCACUUCUCUAUGCCACCAUCUUUGGGAACGUGACGACCAUUUUCCAGCAGAUGUACGCCAACACCAACCGGUACCAUGAGAUGCUCAACAGCGUUCGGGACUUCCUGAAGCUCUACCAGGUGCCAAAGGGCUUGAGUGAGCGAGUCAUGGAUUAUAUCGUGUCUACCUGGUCCAUGUCCAGAGGCAUCGACACAGAGAAGGUUCUGCAGAUCUGCCCCAAGGACAUGAGAGCUGACAUCUGCGUGCACCUGAAUCGCAAGGUGUUCAAAGAGCACCCAGCUUUCCGAUUGGCCAGUGAUGGCUGCCUGCGGGCACUGGCCAUGGAGUUUCAGACAGUGCACUGCGCCCCAGGGGACCUUAUCUACCAUGCAGGAGAGAGUGUUGACAGCCUCUGCUUCGUGGUCUCCGGCUCCCUGGAGGUGAUCCAGGAUGAUGAGGUGGUGGCUAUUCUAGGGAAAGGAGACGUGUUUGGAGAUGUGUUCUGGAAGGAAGCCACCCUUGCCCAGUCCUGUGCCAAUGUUAGGGCCUUGACCUAUUGUGACCUGCAUGUGAUCAAACGGGAUGCCCUGCAGAAAGUGCUAGAAUUCUACACAGCCUUUUCCCACUCCUUCUCCCGGAACCUCAUUCUCACCUACAACUUGAGGAAGAGGAUCGUGUUCCGGAAGAUCAGCGACGUGAAGCGGGAGGAGGAAGAGCGCAUGAAACGCAAGAAUGAGGCCCCCCUGAUCUUGCCCCCGGACCACCCUGUCCGGAGACUCUUCCAGAGGUUCCGACAGCAGAAGGAGGCCCGGCUGGCCGCGGAGAGGGGCGGCCGCGACCCGGACGACCAGGAUGUGGAGAAGGGUGGUGCCGUCCCCGAGCACGCGGCCAACCACAGCCUGGUGAAGGCCAGUGUGGUCACCGUGCGUGAGAGCCCCGCCACGCCCGUGGCCUUCCAGGCAGCCUCCGCGGCGGCGGUGUCGGACCAUGGCCGGCUGCACGCGCCCGGCGCUGAGUGCCUGGGCCCCAGGGCAGCGGGGGGCGACUGCGCCAGGCGCAAAGGCUGGGCCCGCUUCAAGGAUGCCUGCGGCAAGGGCGAGGACUGGAGCCAGGUGGCCAAGGCCGAGUCCAUGGAGACGCUCCCCGACAGGACCAAGGCGUCCGGAGAGGCCACCCUCAAGAAGACAGACUCCUGUGACAGCGGCAUCACCAAGAGCGAUCUGCGUCUGGACAACGUCGGCGAGGCCAGGAGCCCUCAGGACCGGAGCCCCAUCCUGGCGGAGGUCAAGCAUUCUUUCUACCCCAUCCCCGAGCAGACGCUGCAGGCCACGGUCCUGGAGGUGAAGCACGAGUUGAAGGAGGACAUCAAGGCCUUGAACACCAAAAUGACAAAUCUUGAGAAACAGCUCUCUGAGAUACUCAGGAUAUUAACUUCCAGAAGAUCCUCUCAGUCUCCCCAGGAGCUCUUUGAAAUAUCGAGGCCCCAGUCCCCAGAAUCAGAGAGAGACAUUUUUGGAGCAAGCUGA